AUCCAUCUAUCUCUGACCGCCAUGUCUGAAGCAAAGUUCGACAAAGCUGUAGCUAUUAUCGGUGCUCUUCCCAAGGAGGGUGCCAUAAAGCCUACGCAAGAGGAUCAGCUUUACUUCUACAAGUACUACAAGCAAGCAAAAAUUGGCGAUAAUACCACUGUACGGCCCAGUGGAUUCCUUGACUUUGCUGGAAAGGCGAAAUGGGACGCAUGGUCCGAGGUCAAAGGAACUUCGAAGGAAACCGCAUGGAAACUAUACGUUGACAAGCUGUUGGAGAUUCUCAAAAAGGUCGAUGACGAAGAAUCCAAGAAAUAUAUUGCGGAACUUGAAGCAGCUUAAUCGAGCCCUGGGCCUGCAAGCAUAAAUAAACCUCUCAUCGUGCACUCGUACUCCUGUAACUCAAAUACCCAAUCAAUUGACAGUUAUUUUUUUUU